UUAUUGUUGGUCAUCUUGGCAGGGGUAAAUCUCCUUUCUUUUCAUCCUACUUGCAGACAAAGAGCUAUGGAUGAGUUUAAAUAUUCUAAAUGUGUUACUGCAGAUUAUACAACAAGAUGACACCUGCAGGGGAGGCCACCACAGUCCAUCAAAUGGAAUUUUGGCCCUUCUAUCAAUAAAAUGUAAGUCUUUCUAUUUUUUAUUUUUCAUAUUAGUUUCAAAGUGUAUUUUGAAUAUGUGACUUUUAGAACUCAAUAACCGUAAAUUUAAAAUGUGGUUUUUAAGUGUGUAGCAGUUUCAUAAACCAUAAUUAGAAGGGUGGCUUGUAAUAAGGGAAAAAGCUUCUUUGAACCCAAAUCCCCUCAGAUGUUCCCGCAUUUUGUAAACACUGGACCCCGUACAAGAGGAAAAACCCCACCCAAACUCGAUAGUUCAAAAGGGCCCUUCCCUUAUCCAUUGACAACAUCCUUUGAUUCUUUUACGAAUUUAAGAAAUUACUAUAAUACCCUCAUAGUGAAAGAGGAUAUGUGUAAAUUACAAAAAUGCCUCUCUUCAACUUCCCCACACAUCCAUAAAAACCUAAUUCACCACCGGCUUCCCCCCUUCUUAUUGAGGAUGGAAUGAAUAGAAGGGGAGGAGGAAGUGCGAGUCUGGUAGAGGAAUGGAAAGAAAGUGAGGGAUAGUAGGUGGGGGCAAUUUGAGCAUUUCACUUAUGUUCUUAUUUAAAACAUAAAAUCUCAUAAAAAUUCCCUUUUAAAUAUUAGCGUGUGAAAGAUAAGGUGGGUUGAGGGCACUUUCUAGAGUUUGAGGGAAAUGUUUUAACAAAGAACAAAAGUUUAUUUAAUAACAUAAAAUCUUCUUAAUCUGUUUUUUAUUUCUUAAAAAAUAAUUUUUGUAUACAAUAUUUUAUUUUUAAUUAUUUUCUAGAUUUGUAUAAUUAUUUUUAUAAUAAUUAUAAAAAAAAUUAAAAAGAUAUUAUCUGUUUUUAAAAAUUAAAAAAAAAUUUAUAUAUUUUUUUGUUAUCAAACAUUUUUUUAUUUAUUUAUAUUCUGGAUAACAAAAAUAUGUUUUCAAAAACAAAUACACAGCCUUUUGUGUGUUUUGAGGUUGUGGAGGGAUUUACGCGGAGUCGGACGUUAUGGUAAUCCAACCUCUAGGUGGGCCAUAAAGAAAACGUGGGGCGCCCUUGGAAUAUGGAUUGGAAGAGGAAGCCCAAACGACACUUGCUGUAAGGAUAGGAAUCAUAGGAUAAAUCCGUAAUUAAAGCCCGGGACAUUGACUCCACCUUUGUUUCACUCCAAUUUGGCUUCUUAUAAGAAUUUGCAACGGCGUAGAGCCCUGCGUUCAGACGCCUCGCCACGGAUUUUGUUCAACUGGGACAGCCCAAACCACUCCCUCACUCACUUUGCAUUUGGAACUCUCUGGGGUUUUAAAUUUCUCGGUUUCUUCUUUUUCUUCUUUUUCUUCUUUUCGUUUUCCUUGUUGUAUGGAAUUUAUUUUCCAGGCAAAACAGGGAGAUGGGGAAGUCGUUCAUUGACUCUCUGAAAUUGCUUGAAGCAGAUAUUCAGCAUGCAAAUACCCUUGCUUUGGGUCAUCCAAGGGAGAAAGAUGGAGCCUGCAUUCAAAUGAGACUGUCAUACAGUCCAGCUGCCCGCUUAUUUCUUUUUCUUGUUCAGUGGACUGAUUGUAACCUUGCUGGUGCCCUUGGAUUGCUGAGAAUUCUUAUUUAUUUGACUUACUCCGAUGGCAAGACCACCAUGUCUAUUUAUGAAAGGAAAGCAAGCAUUAGAGACUUUUAUGCGGUGAUAUUUCCUUCUUUACUGCAACUUCAAAGAGGGAUCACAGAUUUGGAUGAUAGGAAACAGAAAGAGUUAUGUGCUAAGAAGUAUAAAAGAAGGGAUGACGGAUUAGAGAAGAGAAAACUCUCCGAAGCUGAACUAGAAUGGGAAGAAGAGUGUGGCAUUUGCAUGGAGAUGAAAAGCAAAGUUGUAUUGCCCAACUGUGGCCAUUCAUUGUGCUUGAUGUGCUAUCGGAACUGGCGUAAUCGGUCUCAGUCAUGCCCCUUUUGUCGGGAUUGCUUCAAAAGGAUGAACUCAGGUGACCUUUGGAUAUACACAGAUAACACUGAUAUUGUCGAUUUAACCUAUAUCAUGAGAGAGAACUUAAAAAGGCUGUUCAUGUACAUAGAUAGAUUGCCUCUCGUCAUUCCAGAUCCUGUAUAUGUUCCCUAUGAGUCUCAUCUCGGGUGAGAGCUUAUUCAUGGGCUCUAUGAACAGUCUUUAUAUAGGAAACCUAGCUGUAUAUUUGUCCCACGUGAACAAUACACAAAUUCACAUUGGAAACAACAAUGCCUCUCUGUUGGCCUCAGGUUUCACUUUUUGUUCCUAUUUCAAACAGGUUUAUGUAAAUCUUUGAAGAGAGCUAGAGACUCAUGUCUUUGAUUCA